AUGGUGCUGGUGCUGUUGGUGGCCAUCCCGCUGCUCGUGCACAGCUCCAAGGCGGCCGCGCACUACGAGAUGCUGGGGAGCUGCCGCAUGGUCUGCGACCCUUACCCCGAGCCGCCCCCCCCGGCCUCCCCGCAGCCCCCCCCGGGCCGCCGGGGUCGCGCCGGAGCGCGGGGACCCCCCGGCCCCCCCGGCCCGCGAGGGCCCCCGGGAGAGCCGGGCCGGCCGGGCCCGCCGGGCCCCCCGGGGCCAGGGCCCGGGGGGUACAUCCCGUCCUUCUACAGCCCCAAAAUCGCCUUCUACGCGGGGCUGCGGAAGCCCCACGAGGGCUACGAGGUGCUGCGGUUCGACGACGUGGUAACCAACGUGGGCAACUACUACGAGCCCUCCAGCGGCAAGUUCACCUGCCCCCUGCCCGGCAUCUACUUCUUCACCUACCACGUCCUCAUGCGCGGCGGGGACGGCACCAGUAUGUGGGCAGACCUCAUGAAGAACGGGCAGGUCCGUGCCAGCGCCAUCGCGCAGGACGCGGACCAGAACUACGACUACGCGAGUAACAGCGUCAUCCUGCACCUGGACGUGGGCGACGAGGUGUUCGUGAAGCUCGACGGGGGCAAAGUGCACGGGGGCAACACCAACAAGUACAGCACCUUCUCCGGCUUCAUCAUCUACCCCGACUGACCCCCUCCCCCGGGACGGGGAGGGGGCUCGGGGCUCUGAGACGGGGGUCCUGCCCCCCGCUGCUGUCCCUGCCCCACGACUCUCAGCCCCCCAUCAUAAAACCCAUAAAACCACUCCCC